AUGCCCUCCGUCAAGAACCCCAACGGCCCUUCCAAGAACCGCCUCAUCGCGCGCGCCGCCUCCCUGCGCAAGCAGCGCCAGCGCGAGUCGGCCCAAGGCAAGCUGGAGAAGAUCCACAAGAUCACCAAGGAGGACCUCGCGCGCGGCGCCCGUCCCGGUCUGCUGCCCAACAGCGGACCUCGCAAGGCGUUGGGCAAGAAGGCGCAGCGCAAGCUGGAGAAGAAGCUGGGGUAUGCCAUCCGCCGCAAGAUGGAGCGCGAGGGACUGAGUAAGAUGGAGGUGGAGAAGGUGGAGGAGAUGAUGGGUAUUGGCAAGACCAGCAAGAAGAGCGCCGAGACCGAGGAGACCACCCCGGCCACCAAGGAGGUCGAGAUGGAUUUUUCCUAA